AAAAUGGUUAGCGUAUAAGCUUCAAUCCAGACACGUAAGGAAGCUUCAAGCAGCUUCAUCAUUUUGUAAAAGUCAAAACAAACCCUCCUAUAAUUAUAAACUCCUAACAUUACUAUUCUCAUCCAAAUUACUAACCAAUAAAUUCUCUUUCUUUGCAUUGUGGCACACCUAACUUUACUUUACCCCAAACUUAGCAAUAAGCGACCAAAUCAAAAUUAAAUACUGUAAUAAAAAUGUUAGUUUCCCAUUCUGAUCUAUGGUCCAUGACCCGGACAACCACCGGAUUAUGCAUGCGUUCCGACCCGAGAAGACCCGGAGGAAUUUCUGGGGCCCCACAUUGGGUGAAGGUGAGGCCGAGGGCCUUAUACGGCGUCGCAUCGGAGAAGAAGAAGUCGCCGAUCUUUACGGGCGAUGAGUUGCACUACGUGUCCGUUCCGAAUUCGGAUUGGACACUCGCUCUCUGGCGUUACCUUCCUUCUCCUCAGUCGCAGGGAAGGCCGAGGAGGAACCAUCCCCUGUUGCUGUUGUCAGGAGUUGCUACCAAUGCUAUUGGAUAUGAUCUCUCUCCUCAGUCCUCUUUUGCACGUUACAUGUCUAGCCAAGGGUUUGAUACAUGGAUUCUUGAAGUUCGAGGUGCUGGGUUGAGUACAUACAGGAUGGACUUUGGGAAAGUUAAGCAGCCUCUUGAUGCCAUGAAAGAUUCUUCAGUUGAGCAUGGAAUGGAUGGUAUUUUUCCAUCAAGUCAAGAGUCUACCUUAGACUGUGGUGCCUUUUCUGAUUUUGACAUCUCUAAUGUUAAUAGAAAAAGUUUUCUAGAAGUAAGGCAAAACUCUGCUAUUGUUAGCCAAAUUAGCGAUGUGAGUCAAAGGCUUGUAAAUAUCAUUGAAAAAGGUCAACUGCCAGUUCCAGAACAGUUUUUGGACUUGCAAGGGCGUUUUUUUACUAGAUUAGAAGAAUUCCAGAAACUACUUGACCUGAUUGUAAAGUAUGAUUGGGACUUUGAUCACUACUUGGAAGAGGAUGUACCUGCUGCGAUGGAGUACAUAAGGACUCAUUGCAAACCAAAGGAUGGAAAGUUGCUUGCAAUUGGUCACUCAAUGGGGGGUAUCUUGCUAUAUGCAAUGCUCUCUCGAUGCUGUUCUGAAGGAAGGAAUUUUGGGUUCACAUCAAUUGCUACUUUGGGAUCAUCACUUGACUACACAACUUCAAAGUCGUCACUCAAAUUACUUUUACCUCUGGCUGACCCUGCAGAGGCUCUAAAUGUUCCUGUUAUUCCAAUUGGGGCAUUGCUUUCUGCUGCUCAUCCUCUUGCAUCUCGCCCUCCUUAUUUUCUGUCUUGGUUGAGUUCUCAAGUUUCUGCUCAGGGCAUGCUGCAUCCAGAGUUGCUUGAUAAGCUUGUUUUGAACAACUUCUGUACGGUUCCUGCUAAGCUUCUCUUGCAGCUAACAACAGCCUUCCAAGAGGGCGGUUUACGUGACAGAAGUGGAACUUUUUUCUACAAGGAUUAUUUACGCAAAAGCAAUGUCCCUGUGCUAGCACUUGCUGGAGACCAAGACUUAAUUUGUCCACCAGAAGCUGUAUAUGAAACGGCGAAGCUGAUUUCGGAAGAUUUUGUUGCUUACAAAGUUUUUGGAGAACCCCGCGGACCACACUAUGGUCACUAUGAUCUAGUUGGAGGUCGUAUGGUUGCAGAUCAAGUGUAUCCCUGUUUAACUGAAUUUCUCAGUCGUAACGACGUGAUUUGAUUUCCUCAUCUCAUUUCUACACUCGAAUUUUAGUCAAUAUUUUUUUGUACAUAUAGAAGUUGAACUGAAUGAAGAUUCCUAAAGAAAGAAGCCACCAAAGAAGUAGAGGAAGUUGGUGUCUGCUUGCAUAUUGUUGUAUAAUGUUCCACUUGUGCACAUAGUUGUAAAGGAAAUAGCAAAUAUUACAAUCGAAAAGAUAAAUUACUUAAAUUUUCGUUC